UCCAUAUGGAACCCAGACACAUACCUUCCCUUCUCUUUCUUAGCCCCCCAUUCCUCUCCGCGUCUGCUAUCAGUGUCUCUGUGACUCUCUCUGUGUUUUUUUUUUGGCUUGACGAAAUUGCCCCCGAUAGAGACUGAAAUUCCCAAUUCUUUCUUGCAUGUCUAAAUUUUGUUCCUUUUCUUUUCUAAUCGUUUUGGUUUGAUUUUGUUUGUGGGUUUUUCAUUUUCUCCUCCUCUUAGGUUGAAACGAAACCUUAAUUCUGUGUUCCUGUUUGUUUCUUUUUGGUUUUUGCAGAGUUGGGUUUUGUAAGGUUUCAGGACUAUGUGAAAUAGGAAGCUGAGAGGUGAGAAAUUGGGGUCCUGAUUUUUCCAGUUUACUUCGAUCUAGUUAUCUUUUCAGUGUCUUUUGCUUUGCGGUUUUGGGUGGCUUUGAUAUGGGCUAGGGUUUUUGGGGAUUCUUAAUCUUACCUCUUUGAUGCUCGUUUUGUGAAAUCAAGAGAAGAAUUAAUGUUGGUUCUGUUUAGAUUUAGGUAUUUGGUCGAGAUUUUAGUCGAUUUUUUGCUUAAAUAGUUUGAACAUUGAUGUUGGUGGCUUCGUGGAUCUGAGAUUUUGGAAGUGGAGACAAUGAUUCUUACAAAGCAGUAUCGUUGUAUCCACUCAACAAGCUGUCAAUGCACGAAAGGGCAUCUUAGCGAAGAUGUGGUAUUUCUAGUGUUCCAACAAUUGAAUUGGAAUCCGAAGAUGAUUGCUACUCUUUCAUGUGUGUGCAAAUGGUUUGAUGAUCUUGCUAAGCGAGUGCUAUGGAAGGAAUUUUGCCGAACUAGAGCACCAAAGAUGAUGCUUGAUCUGCAGUCUAGUGGGAGUCACAGUGUAGAUGGUAACUGGAGGGCACUAGGGAAGCUGCUUAUAUACUGUUCCGGAUGUAAGAAGGGUGGCCUAUUUAAUAGCAUCCAAAUCCCUGGUCACUUCGUUUAUAGGACUAGAUUCUCCAGGACAUCAGGAAAGAGCUUUCUACUGCCACAAUGCAGAACUGAUGUUUUAUAUGUUUCUGAUCCUUGCGAACAUCUUGACCAAGGAGAGGAAGGGGAUGUUGGCUUUUUCCGUGGAGUUUUCAAGUCAUUUUCGACGUCAAAGGUUCGACAGAUGCUGAUUAAGAGGGGGGCCAAGCUUCAUCCCACAGAAGUAUGCCCUUACUGUAAGGCAAAGUUGUGGAGCAUGCUGCAAGCCAAAAUGAUACCUCAGAGUGCCAGCUGUAGGUUGGUUGCUUAUGAGGAUUGCGUUGAGUAUUAUGUUUGCCUCAAUGGACACGUCCUUGGAAUCUGCACCCUCUUACCUUUGUCUGAUUCAGAAGAGGCAUCUGAAUUCGAGUGAUAAAGGGUAGAAACAGUUAUCAUUGGAAUCAUGAAGUUGGGUAUGUAGACAUCAUUUGUCUUAGAAUCAACUUCUCUUUGGCAGAAAGCUUAAAUCAACCAUCCAAAUCUGAUUCGGACUUUUUUCGAGUCAUGCCCUGGCCAAAAUUUUCCAGUUUAUGGGUCCAAACGAUAUUGCCAACGCCAUUUCUUUUCGGAUGUCAUCUAGAUAUAAAGGUUGUGACUGAACAAUGUAAUCCCAUGUACAAUGUAAACCCGUGUACAUUUAUGUAUGGCCUAUUACUAUUA